CUCGUGACGUUUGUUAUAACAAGAAGUGAUGCAGAGAGGAAGAGACUCGUAGUGGAUCCCUCACUCCUGCAAUCACAGGAACGUCUCUUUUCCUGAGGUAGAAGCGCUGGAGGGACGAUUCUGCUGGACUCCGAAAUGAGACGAAAUGGUUGGCUGUUGUGGUUGCUGACGCUGAGUGGUGCACUGGGAUCACUAUGGAUGGUUUUCCACUUCAGUAAGCCAAAAACCUGGCAGGUUCCUGCUGACAACCUCAACUACAGCUGGUUGGAGUAUCCCGAUGCUGACGGAGGGCUAGAGAAAGUGUGUAACUGCACCGCGAUCCUGGAAGGAGACAGGGAGGCAGUGGCUCAAGCAAAAUUACUGACCAUCACCAAAGACUUUAACCUACACUACCAAAUCCCUGAUGAUCAUUACAUUAAAGCAGCUCAGGACUGUAGGAAAUUCAAGCUCAGUGGGAAAUACCAAACUUUCCCUUUAAGCAAAGAAGAAGAGGACUUUCCUUUGGCAUACUCUAUUGUUGUACAUCACAAGGUGCAGAACUUUGAGCGACUCCUGCGGGCGAUCUACACACCUCAAAAUAUUUAUUGCGUCCACGUGGAUAAAAAGUCCCAGGCCUCUGUGCUUUCCGCCAUCGAGGCGAUCGCGUCCUGCUUCCCGAACGUCUUCUUGGUCAGCCAUGCUGAGACCGUGGUCUACUCCGCUUGGUCACGAGUCCAGGCUGACCUGAACUGCAUGGCUGAUCUCUACAAUGCCAGCACCAAAUGGAAAUAUUUCAUCAAUCUGUGUGGACAAGAUUUCCCCCUGAAAACCAACCUGCAGAUGGUGAGGACGCUGCGGUCCCUGAAGGGCGGAAACAGCCUGGAGUCUGAAAAACUUCCUGAUGCGAAGAAGUGGAGAGUGACAUUCGUUUACAAGAUUGUUGGUGAAAAAUUACAGAAAACAAGCAAGAAGAAGACGCCGCCUCCAUUCAAUCUGCCUAUCCUGUCAGGAAAUGCCUAUAUUGUAGUCAGCCGGGGCUUCGUCCGGAGUGUAUUGGAGGACAGCCGAAUACAAGUUUUGAUCGAGUGGGCCAAAGACACCUUUAGUCCGGACGAGUUUCUCUGGGCGACGAUUCAACGAAUCCCCGGUGUUCCUGGCUCAAAAUGGCUCAACCCCAAACACGACAUGUCGGAUUUAAACGCCGUGUCGCGGCUGGUGAAGUGGAGACUGCAUGAAGGGCAGCAGGACUCACUGGAGGCGGCGUACCCAAAAUGUGAGGGCAACCACAUCAGGGACAUUUGUGUGUACGGCGCCGGAGACCUGCACUGGUUAGUUCAGCAGCAUCACUUCUUUGCCAAUAAGUUUGACGCAUACAACGAUCCCAUUCCUGUCUACUGUCUGGAAAAAUAUCUGCGACAACAGGCCCUGGCUGAGCCACACUAACAAGAAAGUUGUUUUACAACCAAAAAUAUUUUUAAACAUCAUCAGCCUAAACACGAGUCCACAUGUUCUUGGGAAAGACAAACAAUACCAAUAAUAUCUCAAUGGAUGAGGCCAAUGGUGAUCUAAAUGUCCUGGUACAGAUACACUGGUGAAAAUGCACGGUAUGAGUCGUGUCCAUUAUGCCAUCUCAGAAUGACAGAUAAGCAGUUUGUUUAACACAAGAGUGACAAGCUGUUCUCAUCUAUGACAUGCUUGAAGGAGUCUGAGUUCUGCAGAGGAAGUGGGUUGCUUGUGGCUACACCAUGCCUCUUUACAUUUCCUGUAGAAUCUCAGUUACUGGUGUGCAGUUGCAAUGUUCAAGCUGCCUCAGAAGGAGGUCAGACACAAAUUCAUGCUUACCGAAAGUCUUGACUGCUCUUCUAUUUUGUGGCAAAGCUGCAAACAACAAGUAUACCAUUGCAAUUAUCCAUAUAGCUGUAGCAAACAAUACAACUUAUACAGUUAUGAUGCGCCGUCACUUUGUGGAAAACUAUCAACAAUACAUUUCUACAAAGGAAAUAAUGGUUAGCAUUAUGCAACAUUAUUAAGAGGCUGUCUCUCAGAUCAGUUCUGCGAUGGGAAACUGCUUAUUAUCAGGACAUUUUAACACAAAUCAGUAAGAAGACAUGUAGUUGUCCUAUACAAUUAUGCAUCAACCUGUGAUUACAAUAAUUAAAAUAAUUUCAAUUUUCUUAACUACACUGUGAUUUGGGGCAAACGCCUCUCUUUCAAGAGCAGCUCCAGGCAGGGUGACAGUGGAAAACAUGUGGGACACAAAAACCACAGGUUUCACUUCAUUUUCACAUCUCUGAAACAAAACCGUAAGGUCUGGAUAUUUCAUGUACUUUCAGUUUGAAUCACCUUUAUCAGAUAAAGCACACAAAGAAAUACAGAAUUGUGACUGAUGUUGGGCAGAACAUUGAGGGCAUUGAGUGCUGUUUCACACUAGCAGUCACAAAGCUUUUCACACUUGUUUACAUGACGCACGAAUGUGAUAAUGGCAGCUAAUGGUGGUUUCAGAACGACUUAAACUGUUUGUCCAGUUCGUUUAUUCAGUGGCUUGCAAACGUAUUCAUUCCCCUUGAACAUUUCCACAUUGUGUCACACUCUGGUCCUCAAGAUACCAUUUCUUCCACUAACUAAUAUCUGAGGCCUUCACAGAACAUCUGGAUUUAUACUGAAAUUUGAUUGCACACAAGUGGGCUCUGUUUACUAAUUAGGUUACUCCCAAAGGCAUUUGGUUGCAUUACAUUUAAAUUUAGGGUAUCAGAGUGAAGGGGAAUGAAUACUUGCAAGAGAAAACAUUCUUGUUUUUUUAUUUUUUAAAUAAUAAAAACCAAUUAUUUUCCUUCCUUUUCACAAUUACGGUGCACACUGGGGUCGAUCAUGUAAAGCACCAACAAAAUGCAUUUCUAUUUGUACUUAUGUCACAAAAUGAAGACAAAUGCAAAUGACUAUUUUUGAAAGUCACUGUUGAUGACUGGUUUGUGCAAACUGUAAUAAUAAAUAGUAUUUUUUUUUUAUUGAUCUGUGUCAAAAUGAAUGAAUUUAUUUUGUGUUAAUCAGUUCAGAAUAAAGAACAAAAACAUUUGGGUGAAACACAUCUUUAAUGAUGUAAAUUAUUUUUUUAUUUUUAUUUUAUUUUAUUUUUUUUUUACAAAUUUUACAUUAAAUGAAUAACAUGCAAGCCACAAAUGAACAUGUACAAAUAUAGACACUCCCCCCCAAAUUUCAUCUUGUCUUGCACAUACAAAACAGAAAAAUAAAUCAGGACUAAGCUUGA